AUGGAACUUGGAAAGUUCUUCAAAUUCCUCGCAAACGUUUGCGAGUACAUGUUUCCAUUUUUGGCUGUAUUGGGUAUUGCUGGUAACAUAAUCACAAUGAUUGUCCUGUUGAGCAGAUCAAUGAGAAGCAGAACAAAUCAAUUGCUAGCUGCUGCUGCUCUGUGUGAUAUUCUUUAUCUUGUUGCGAUGUCCCCAAAUCAGAUGAGCAGGUGGCCAUCAUUAAUUUACGAGCCCUGUCAAGAUGAUCCUAAAAAACUUUGCCCAACGUAUUUCGCUUUAAUGUUUGUGCAAUACAAACACAAUAUUGCAUUUUUCUCAAAUUGGUUUUCAGCUACCAGUACUUGGUUCAUUGUAGCUGUGUCGUUUGAUAGGCUCUACGCAAUCAAAGCUCCAUUUUCUGCCCGCUUCCAAUCACUCUGCUCACGACAUAAUUGGAUCACAAUCCCGUUAAUCGCUCUUGGCACAGGAAUGACAUGUUUUCAUUUGAAUUUCAAGUUGCUGAACGAUCAUCAAACUGCAAACGGGACAAUGACAUAUGAUACAACAAAGCAACAAAUAAUUCACGUAUUCACUAUUAUCCAACUCAUUACACAUAUUUGCAUACCGGUCAUUUUGUUGAUAGGGCUAAACUCAUGUUUGAUCUACUACCUUCGGAAUAGGUUAAAGCAUUUCUUCCCUGUGAGAAGCCGAAGUGUUCGAACAUCCACAAAGUCAGAUGACGUUCCUGCCCCCUUACUCAACAACGAAACCAGCGACCGAUCGGAAGUGGUCCGACAUCAUUCGUCCAGCAGUGGUGUCUGGAAUCAACAUAUUAACAAAGCAGAACGUCAUGUAACCUAUACGGUAAUAGCAAUUGUGACCUGCUACAUCCUUUCACAUGUCCCAUCUGCAUGCCUCUACGUUUACAUAAAAUUUCAAAGCACCCUCUACAACACCAAAAACAUGUACCACUUUGUUCAAGCCUUCACCACACUUGUUACCAUUUCCAAAGUGGCCAACUUCCUUCUUUUUUGCAUGAGCAGCAAACACUUCCGGAAAGAAAUGAAGAAAAAGUUGUGUUGUCUAUUCUGCACGAUGAGGGAAGGAGCCAGUCAGAAAGAGAGCACGAAUCAGCCAAGAACCAGAUUCAGAUCGCUUCUUCUGAACAUCAUUGGCGACUCCACGGCUCACACCAACAAUUGCUCACAUGAGUGA